AUCGACAACAGCGCCUUUACAUCCCACCGCAACCAGAAGGCAGGAGGAGAAGAAGAAAGAAGAGAAUAUGCUAUGCCUAGGCGACAAUGAGAGCCCAUGAGAAUAGGAAAUGCUCACCGUUGAAAGAGACUGAUAAAUUGAUAACCCCUGCUUCUCAAGUACAAACACAAGUAAGAACAACGACUUUGAUCGUGUUUGUUCAAUCAGAAAGUGCAGGAAAAUUGGAGGGAAAAUCUACAUUGAUUGCGUAAUUUUGCAGUUCCGUGGAGUUCAACUGUUUUCUGUUUGUUUCCUGCGAUUUGUCGUAGUUUUGUUUGAUCUCGGAGGGGAAGGCGUCGUAAUUUGGACCCGAAGCUGAAGACGAGAAGUUCCGGAUCCGAAUUAUGAGUUGAUCAAGGUAGUGGCUGGAGGACGGGUGAGUUCUGCUGAUCGGAGGUUUUGCGAAGCCUGGAUUUGGCUUCAGGUGAUGGAUUUCCAUGAGUUCCGGUCGGUUGUGAGGAAUUCGGGGGUGGAUGUGUGGACAUUGAUCGAGACGGCAAUCUCUGUGGCGGCGUUAGAUUACGAGAGAGAGUUUAGGUGCCGGAGAGACCGCAUCGUGGAGAAGCUUUACGCGCCGAUUGUUUCUCGGUGCCGGUACUGCGGUCUCGAUUGCGAUAAAACGAGCAGUGAUGGAACUCCAAAUGAGAAGCAUGAAUCGCGAGAGGAAGCUUGGGCAGAGAAGGAGAAUAACGGCUGCGAAGCGAAAGGGGGUUCUCCAUUGAGUCUGGAGUCGGGGGAGAAACAUGAGGAUGGACAUCAGCAGUACGGAAGCUUUAUUGACGAUGAACAGAGGAAAAUCCUCGCCAUUAAACAGCAUCUCAAUGAUCCUGAUAAGUCGGAUAAUACUCUGGUUGAUCUGCUCCUGAGUCUAGCAGACAUGGAAAUCACGUUCAGUGCUCUGAAGGAAACUGAUAUUGGGAGGCAUGUGAACCGAUUACGAAAACAUUCAUCGAACGAAGUUCGAAGACUCGUCAAGCACCUUGUCAGGAAAUGGAAGGAUCUGGUUGACGAAUGGGUGAGAUUGAACGCGCCGGGGGAAUCAACAGCUUCUGUAAUCGUCGCUGUUGGAGACUCUCAUCAAGAAACUCAUCCGAAAGGCACCCAAAAUGGUCAUCGCCAGGUACCUGAGUUUGCGUAUUCUCCAAAUCCACAGAACAAGCGCAAUUGGGACCCAGAACACAAAGGGAGAACACCACAAUCCCUACCAGUCUCUGUUUCAGCUUCUGUUUCUACAAAGAAAGAGAAAGAAGAGAGAGAGAGUCUCAUAGAUUCUGAAAAGUUCGCUUCAGCUAGAAAACGGCUGCAUGAAAAUUACCAGGAAGCUGAAAACGCCAAAAGGCAGAGGACCAUUCAAGUAAUGGACGUUCACAGCAUACCCAAACCCAAGAACGCGUUUUUUGCGAAGAGCAGAGGCAGCGUCACCGCGAAGCACUGGUGAUUCAAUCAGUGGGAGGACUGACUGGUGUUAACAAUUCCAGAAUAAAUAAAUCGUUAAUUAGACCGACUGCGUACCUUUGGCCUUCAGAUUCUACGACCAGUAAAAGUUGACAGGCUGUGAUUAAAAUAUGGGCAGCUCCCGGAACAUCUAAGGUCAAAGCUUCUCCCUUCAUUCUUCAAUGGGUGGGUAAGAUGAAUUAUUGGCUGGAUGCAUACUUUGUAAUGUAUUUUGUUGGGAAACGGUGUGUGGGUUGCCCAACACCAAGAGGAUAGGCAUCUAAGCCUAGUUCAUUAUUAUUUUUCUUUAAAUUCCUAUGAUUAAAUUAUGGUUUUUGGGUAAGUAAAUUGGGGUUCCAAGUGUAUAUAGCCAUUGAGACUUAAUUAUGUAGGCUAUAUUCUAUAAAUCGAAAAAUGUUAUUUGUUAUGUAUUUGUAAUAUCAGCUCUCUAUGCUUAAAAUUACAAAAUUUCUGUUUGUCA